AUGCUCCGCCGCACCCUGGUCCUGGACCUGAGCACCGCCUUCGGCUUCGGCACCACCUUCGGCUACCUCUGGUGGUACGGCUACCACCUUCCCCGCGUCCGCGCCCGUGACAACUACUACUCCCGCCUGGAGGCUGAGCGCGCUGCUCAGCAGGCGUAAAGUCUCGUCUCGUCUCGGUGAUUCUUCCGGUAGCGAACGACGCGAAGCGAUGGCAGUGGGAUUGACCACGUCCACGACUGCAAUCCAGAAGUGGGGUUCGAUUCGAUAGCGAGAAUUGUUGUGGGCUGUUAGGUUAGAGAUAUCUAGGGGUUGUCUAGUGCAGUGUCAAUAUUAUUUGAUUCAGUAUUGUUUUGUGAGCUUGGUUUCUUUGGUGCGCUAGGUCUGGGUAGAUCUUGAGUGGGUGCAUUGUGGGGUUGAUUGGGUGAAAGAUGGGGUUGUGAUGUCUUCGGAGGGGGUUGUAAUGCGAGGGUUGUGUGGUAUAAGUGCUUAUUUGACCUGUCUUUAUAUGCGGUUGGAUGGGAUGGGAUGGGAUGGGAUGGGGACUGGGUAAACUGUAGGUAUACGAUGUUAAUUGUUGAAUGGCUGCUUGAGUCGAGAUAGUGGUACACAGUGUGGAU